CGGCACCGCUCGCUUCCACGUCCCUCGACGCGAUAUCAUACCAAAAAUAGGAAAGACGACAGAGAAGCUAAUGGCGUCGCCCAACAGCAACCUCCGCAACCGCCGCCACCGCCACUGCCACCUUUUACCUCUCUUGCUGCUUCUCGUUAUAGGCCCAUUGGCCGCAGAGACGGUGGAGCCUUCCGAAGGAGAGACGGAGAUCGACAUCAUCCUCACCUUCAAAGCUGCAAUCUCUGAGCCCUCCACCGUCCUCUCCGCCUGGAACUCCUCCACCACCGCCGGCUCCUAUUGCUCCUGGCCUGGCCUCUCCUGCGACCCCUCUACUGGCUUAGUUGUUUCGCUCAACCUAACUGGCUUGAACCUCUCCGGCAUUCUCCACCCAGCCGUCGGCAGCCUCCGCCAUCUCCUUAACCUCUCACUCGCCUCCAACUCCCUCUUCGGCCUCAUUCCCACAGAGCUCUCCCGCCUUUCCAACCUCCGCCACCUCAACCUCUCUAACAAUCUCUUCAAUGGCUCCUUCCCCUCCGCCCUUACCGACCUCAAGAACCUACGAGUCCUCGACCUCUACAACAACAACCUCGCCGGCCCCCUCCCCGUCGAGGUUGUUAACCUGCCCAAUCUCCGUCACCUCCACCUCGGAGGCAACUUUUUCUCCGGCGUCAUACCCCCGGUGUUUGGGCGGUGGGAGUUCAUCGAGUAUCUCGCUGUCUCCGGCAAUGAGCUCACUGGACCAAUUCCUCCAACGCUGGGAAAUCUCACCCGCCUCCGCGAGCUCUAUUUCGGAUAUUACAACAGCUUCGUGGGCGGAAUACCUCCGGAGUUCGGAGGUCUCCCAGAUCUCGUUCGCCUCGACAUGGCUAACUGUGGCCUCACUGGCGAGAUCCCACCGGAGAUUGGCAACCUGCAGAACCUCGACACGCUCUUCCUCCAGCUGAACGGCCUCUCCGGGAACCUACCACCAGAGCUUGGCCGCCUACGCAGCCUCAAGUCCCUGGACCUCUCCAACAAUGCCUUUACUGGAGAGAUUCCUGAUUCCUUUGCCGACCUCCAGAAUCUGACACUGCUUAAUCUGUUCCGCAACAAGCUACACGGCUCGAUCCCAGAGUUCCUCGGGGAGCUUCCUGCGUUAGAGGUGCUCCAGCUCUGGGAGAACAACUUUACGGGAGGCAUACCACGAAGGCUCGGCCUGAGCGGCCGGCUUCAGAUCCUCGACCUAUCUUCGAACAAGCUCACCGGUACUCUGCCGCCGGACCUCUGUUUCGGAAAUAGGCUGCAAACACUCAUUGCUCUCGGAAACUUCCUAUUUGGUUUUAUUCCGGCCAGCCUUGGCUGCUGUGUGUCACUUAGCAGAAUCAGGUUGGGUGACAACUACCUCAAUGCAUCAAUUCCCAAUGGGAUCUUAAGCUUGCCCAAGCUCUCCCAGCUGGAGCUCCAGAAUAACCUCCUCACCGGCGGGUUUCCAGACACAGGCCACUCCGCCAUCUCGCCCGACCUCGGCGAAAUUAGCCUUUCCAAUAACAAGCUCUCAGGGCCUCUCCCACCCUCUAUUGGAAACUUCUCUGGCCUCCAAAAGCUCCUCUUGAACCAGAACAAGUUCUCCGACCCAAUUCCGCCAGAGAUUGGCAGGUUACAGCAGCUCUCCAAAGUGGAUCUCAGCGGGAAUAGGUUCUCUGGAAAAAUAGAGUCGGAGAUUACUCUGUGCAAGCUUCUAACUUUCAUGGACCUCAGCCGGAACGAGCUCUCCGGCGAGAUUCCGCCGCAGAUAUCGGCGAUGAAGAUCUUGAACUAUCUGAACUUGUCGAGGAACCGUCUGGAAGGCAACAUCCCAUUGUCCAUUGCCACGAUGCAGAGCCUUACCGCUAUCGAUUUCUCCUACAACAACCUAUCCGGCCUCGUUCCUGGCAAUGGCCAGUUCAGUUACUUCAACUCGAGCUCGUUCUACGGCAACCCAGAGCUCUGUGGGCCAUACCUCGGUCCUUGCAUCUCCAUGAGCGUCAAUACUGGCGCCACUCGUUCACAGGGGCCUCUGGCGGCCUCCUCUAAGCUUCUGAUGGUCGUCGGUCUCCUCCUCUGUUCCAUCGCCUUCGCCAUAGGAGCCAUUGCCAAGGCGUGCUCUCUGAAGAAGGCCGCCAAAGGCCGAGACUGGAAGCUCACCGCCUUCCAGCGUCUCGGUUUCACCUGCGACGACGUCUUGAAUUGCCUCAAGGAGGAGAACAUAAUUGGAAAAGGCGGCGCCGGCGUCGUGUACAAGUGCGUCAUGGCCAACGGAGACUGCGUCGCCGUGAAGCGUCUUCCGGCCAGUAGCCGAGGUGGUUCGCCGCACGACCAUGGAUUCUCCGCGGAAAUACAAACUCUGGGCCAAAUUCGACACCGACACAUAGUGCGCCUGCUGGGCUUCUGCUCCAACCGCGAGACCAAUCUGUUGGUGUACGAGUACAUGAUGAAUGGGAGCCUCGGCGAGGUUCUUCACGGCAAGAAGGGAGGCCAUUUGCUGUGGGACACCCGGUACAGAAUUGCCGUGGAGGCGGCGAAGGGCCUCUGCUAUCUUCACCAUGACUGCACGCCGCUGAUCCUGCACCGGGACGUCAAGUCUAACAACAUCCUCCUAGAUUCUAACUUGGAAGCCCACGUGGCCGAUUUCGGACUCGCCAAAUUCUUGCAGGAUUCAGGCACUUCGGAGUGCAUGUCGUCUAUCGCCGGCUCCUACGGUUACAUUGCUCCAGAGUACGCUUACACGCUGAAGGUGGACGAGAAAAGCGACGUGUACAGCUUCGGCGUGGUGCUCCUGGAGCUGGUGACCGGGCGGAAGCCGGUGGGAGAGUUCGGUGAAGGCGUCGACAUCGUGCAGUGGGUUCGCAGAAUGACGACAGACUACUGCGGCGACAAGGAAUUAGCGGUGGUCAAGAUUUUGGACCCCCGGCUUAAGGGCGUCCCCGUGGAGGAGGCCAUGCACGUCUUCUACGUCUCCAUGCUCUGCGUGGAGGAGCACAGCGUGCAGCGGCCGACGAUGAGGGAGGUCGUCCAGAUACUUGCGGACCUGUCCAAGGCAACCACGACGGAUCCGAUAGAUCACAAAGACGGCGAUCAGUCCGUCAAGGAAGCGCAGCAAGCAGAGCAUGAUAACUCGCCGCCGCCUGAUCUCCUCAGCAUUUAAUUCCAAGUUAAUGCAGGCCGGACACCGGCAGAGUUUUGAUCCAUGAUCUGUGUAUAGCCCUGGUUCUCCAGGCUCUGUAAGCAUGUCCUGCUGUUGCUUGUCCACGGAAAUCUGUAGAGGUUUUAAGAUUUCAACAGAGGUGCAGUCUUUGGAAA